AUGAAAGCUUUGACAUGCUUGAUUCAAUCUGAAAGAUCUGAAGAGAAAGAAAAAAAAGGUGAAGAAGCAACCAAAAUUGAACCUGAAGAUUUUUCUAAUGAUUCAAUUGUUCAUGUCAUAUUUCGUCAUGGUGGUUCAAUUCGUUUUCAUAUAACUGCACCAUCACAACCACAAUAUGGUCAAUUAACACGUGAUCAAUCAAUAAUUCGUAGAUUUCUAUCGACUUUAUGGGCGUUUUUCAAACCAAAUUAUGAUUGUUAUCAUCAUGAUGGUGGAAAGUUUUGUGUUAUUUUUAAAUAUAAACCAGAAAAACUUCCACCUGGCUAG